AUGGACAUGUCGGAAUUAUCCCCCACCUCCCACCACCUCGCCAAGAAGACCAAGCAGAAGCGACCGAACCCUCAGCAGCGCCGACGCCGUGAGGCCUACAAGCUGGCACGCAUCGCCGCGGAGCUCGAAGCUCCUGGUGGACUGGAGGGCAUUUUGAAUGUCUCCAGCACCACCGCGACCACUGCUACGGCAGUGGAAGAGUGCCUGCGCGAGCAGACCUCUUCGGUGCGAUGCCCUGCUGGGAUCAGACAGAACAGAGUCACGAAGAAGACCAGUGGGCGCAAAGUCUCCUACGGGGGCAAUAUGACAAGAGAGUCGGCCGCGGAGCACGAGGGGGCCGAAGCCGCAGGCUCCACCGCGACUGCUUCUGUCGUCACUGCUACGGCAUACGACGCACCUACGGGUGCAGAAGUGAUCACGGCGGAGGUCGGUGGCUCGGCUCCCACAAGCGUGCCUAAUCGAAAGAUUCGCCGUUUGCGUGAGAGAUCGUUAAAGGCGACCAGGGGGGGCAGUAGGAGCACCGGCGACGAAGAAGUACCGGGAGCAGCUGGAGCCAAGAUGGCUGGAUGCUCCUCGGGACGGAAACAGCAGACGAGUGGUGAGGCGCAUGCCGCUCGACGGGCGAGGCUCCGGAAGCAGAGCAGCCUGUGCGCUAGAGUACCGGAGGCCGCAACUAUGCAGCCCAAGGCGGAGGGAGAGGAUGGCCAGGAGCAACAAGGACUCAACGCGAGCUCGUUGUGGGAGGCGUUUCUGAAGGCCGACGGCGACACCCAGUCGUUGGUGCAUGAGGCACUGCAUCUCAGCUCGCACGCGGAGAAGAAGGCAGAGGGUCAGAGAAUGACCCUUCCGAACACUACCACUGGAGAAACUGGCGCGAAGAAAUCCAGUAAUCCUGGUAGUGUUAGUCGAGACGCCGUACCUCCUUGGCAGCGGAGCAGCAGGCAUCACAGAAGGGCGCAGCCCCCGAGCGUCAUGGAGAGAGAUCCUUCCCGGCAGUUGGCCGUCGCGGCCUGGGGUGAACUCGUCGAGACGAACACCGCCAUGUACGCCGAAAGGCUGCAGAAGGUGCAGGCUACGGCCAACUCUUCACUCGAGAUGAAGUGGAGAGACGAGUCGGCCGUCGCAGUUGCCGACAAGGAAGCUACCGGGAAGCGGUCGGAUUCCGAGAGCAGGCCGAAGACCACCGAGCCCAGGCCACCAGCUGCGUCCUGGCAGGUGGCUCCUCAUCUCCGGGCAAGGCUGCUGUCAGACCCUCGUCCGCCGGUGGUUGAGACCUCGUGUUACCUUCGCAAGAAGGUAACCGAGUAUAUCACCAUUGGGGAGGACUUGGACAUUGCGCCGCCUGAAGAGAAGACGACAAUCUCGGGCGCCGUGCUGGAUUCGUACGAACCCGCCGAGCAGGUCGAGAUCCUCACCACGCUGAUCGACGACACGAUGAAGCUUCUGAAGCAGCACGAACCUGGUGCUGCAAAGGCCGCUCCUUCCGCUUCCAUGGAAUGGCUGCAGAAGGAUGGUCACGCUGGCGCUAGGAAGAGGGAACGGGAUUCGAUUAAUUCCCUGACGGCGAGAGAGUAUGCGGCGCGACACGCCGCGGUACUCGGAUCAUCGGACGUUAACCGGAAGGCGAACCAUCCCUUGACUGAUGAUGACAUGAAGGAUGACGGGAAGGCGAUCGAUUAUUCAACCGAUGAUGAAGCGGAGGUUGAUGGCAAGGCGAACAAUCCCUCGACCGAAGUUGCCAUGGAGGGCAUGUGA